UAUAACAACCUCAUCUGAAAAUCUAGUUAACUCAAACUAACCAAGAGACACAAGCUAGAAAAAUGGCUUCUGUUUUCUCUAUACACACUUCAACUUUCCUAUCUCCACUCAAAACAACAAAGUUCAGACCAAACUUUCAAUCUUUACACACUUCCCAAAAACCAUUCUUGCUAAAUUCGCUUGAGUUCAAACAACUUGACCCAAAAAUCCCACAACAAGUUCAAACAUUCUGGAACUGGCUAUGUGAUGAAGGGGUUGUAUCAGCAAAGACACCUGUAAAGCCAGGAAUAGUAGCAGAAGGUUUGGGAUUAGUUGCUAAGAGAGAUAUAGCUAAAGGUGAGACAGUUCUUGAAGUGCCUAGAAGGUUCUGGAUUAAUCCAGAUGCAGUUGCAGAAAGUGAUAUUGGGAAUGUGUGUAGUGGAUUGAAGCCUUGGAUUUCUGUUGCUCUUUUUUUGUUGAGAGAGAGAUGGAGAGAUGAUUCUAAGUGGAAGUAUUACAUGGAUGUUCUUCCUGAGUCUACUGAUUCCACUAUAUAUUGGUCUGAAGAGGAGCUUUAUGAGAUUCAAGGGACUCAACUUUUAAGCACAACGAUGGGUGUGAAAGAUUACGUGCAAAAUGAAUUUCAAAAAGUGCAAGAAGAAGUCAUACUUCGUAACAAGCAGCUUUUCCGUUUCCCUAUAACCUUGGAUGAUUUCUUCUGGGCAUUUGGAAUGCUCAGAUCAAGGGCAUUUUCCCGUCUUCGGAAUCAAAAUCUUAUUCUGGUACCCUUUGCAGACCUGACAAACCACAGUGCCAGAGUGACCACAGAAGAUCAUGCGCAUGAAGUUAGGGGACCAGCAGGUCUGUUCUCGUGGGAUUUGUUAUUUUCUUUACGAAGUCCAUUGAAACUGAAGGCUGGAGACCAGUUUUUCAUCCAAUAUGACUUGAACAAAAGCAACGCUGAUAUGGCUCUUGACUAUGGCUUCAUCGAGCCAAGUUCAGGUCGUGACGCAUUUACAUUAACAUUGGAAAUAUCAGAAUCCGACGAUUUUUAUGGGGACAAGCUGGAUAUAGCUGAGUCAAAUGGCCUAGGAGAAACUGCUUAUUUCGACAUAAAACUUGGACAAUCUCUCCCUCCUGCUCUGAUUCCAUAUCUAAGGCUGGUUGCCCUUGGUGGAACCGAUGCUUUCCUACUAGAAUCAAUUUUCAGAAAUUCUGUUUGGGGUCACCUCGAGUUGCCUGUCAGCAGAGAAAAUGAGGAGCUCAUAUGUAAAGUUGUACGAGAUGCAUGCAAAUCUGCACUUUCUGGCUAUCACACCACUAUUGAAGAGGAUGAGAAACUGCUGAGCGAAGGGAACCUCAGUUCAAGAUUUCAGAUAGCAGUAGGGAUAAGAGCAGGGGAGAAGAAGGUUUUACAACAAAUCGACGAUAUCUUUAGAGAAAGAGAAUUGGAACUAGAUGAAUUAGAAUACUAUCAAGAAAGGAGGCUUAAAGAUCUUGGUCUUGUUGGAGACCAAGGAGAUAUCAUAUUUUGGGAGCCAAAAUAAACAAUUUUCUGCUGACCUUAUGAUCAGUCAAGUUGAGCUAUUAUGAAUUUUCAGUCACUUCAAUACUUGCUCGCGCUUGAAAACAGAAGAGGAUUCAGUAGAACUGAUGAAUAUAUGGUCAUCAAACCCAACUUAGCUAUCUGAUUUCUCAAAGUAUGUAAACUCAUCCCGUGUAGGUGUUCUUUAAUGAUGCAAAUCUAAUAGCUCUAUCUGUCUCAGGAAUGCCUUUAUUAAUGUUACGGAAUCAUUUUCAGCA